AGCCAUGCAACACGGCUUAAAGCCCACCUGUCAUUCCUUAGCUUUGUGUUGAACCUGGGGAAAGACAGCAACAACCUGUGCCUACACUUCAACCCCCGCUUCAACGCCCACGGAGAUGCCAACACCAUUGUGUGUAACAGCAAGGACGAUGGGACCUGGGGAACAGAACAACGGGAGACUGCCUUCCCUUUCCAGCCUGGGAGCAUCACGGAGGUGUGCAUCACCUUUGACCAGGCUGACCUGACCAUCAAGCUGCCAGACGGGCAUGAGUUCAAAUUCCCCAACCGCCUCAACAUGGAGGCCAUCGACUACAUGGCGGCGGAUGGUGACUUCAAGAUUAAGUGUGUGGCCUUUGAGUGAAGCCAGCCAGCCCCAGCCCGUAGCCCCCAAUAAAGGCAGCUGCCUCUGCUCCCUGUAACCCA